AUGGUUCCUAAUUACUCCUGUGGAGACUAUGGAAAAGUUGUGGCAUUUAUUGCAGAUAGGUCAAUUGUUACAACCCUGCCUAUAACACAAUUUCUGACCUCAUAUGGAUACUCACAGUUACACAGAUAUCUAAGAAAUGUGCGCUUCACUGAACCUUGUGGAACAGAAAUUUAUUUCAAUGAGCUCAACAAAUCUCCUGUGAAGAACGGAAUUUCCACUUGGCUUAUUUAUUUCAACUCACAAAAACAAAUUCCAGUCGGUGAAUAUUUUUGGUCAGAUUCUGGAAGUUCUCUUGAAAUUGAUAUGCAAAACAUAUUUUGGAAGAAAAACACUAAUAACCAGAUCCUAAAGUCCCAGUGUUCUCCAAACUGCCCUCCUGGCUACAGAAAAGUCCCAAGGGAAAGAGCGCCGCCCUCCUGCUAUGACUGUGCCAGAUGCUCAGAGGGGGAGAUCUCCAACUUAACUGAUAUGGAAAAUUGUCAAAAAUGUCACAUCUAUGAAUGGCCAAAUAAUGAGAAAACCAUAUGUAUUGAGAAGAAAAUUGAGUUCCUCUCAUAUGAAGGUGAUUCCCUAACUCUGGUCUUUAUUGUCCUCUCUGUGGUGUCUCUUUUAUUAGUGACAGUUAUACUGGGAAUUUUUACUUCAUAUCGAGACACUCCAUUAGUGAAGGCCAACAAUUGCAAUCUGAGCUUUAUUCUCCUUUUCUCCAUCAAGCUGAGCUUCCUCUCUGUGUUUUUAUUCCUUGGUCGCCCAUCUGAUAUAACCUGCAUCCUCCGACAAACCUCUUUUGGGAUCAGUUUCUCCAUAGCUAUGUCUUCUGUGCUGGCAAAAACAAUUAUGGUUUGUAUUGCUUUCAAAGCCUCCAAGCCUGACAGUCAAUGGAGAAAAUGGUUGGGAGUCAAAUUUGCAUAUUUUAUAGUCAUUAUUUGUUCAUUCAUUCAGUUUCUAAUUAGUAGUAUCUGGCUGACCAUUUCUCCCCCAUUCAUGGAGCUCAACAUUCUGUCUGAACCUGUAAAAAUCAUCAUUCAGUGCAAUGAGGGCUCUGUCAUUGCCUUCUAUAUUGUCCUCUCCUACAUGGGAUUGUUGGCAUCUGUGGGUUAUAUUGUAGCUUUCUUGGCUCGGACAUUACUGGACAGUUUUAAUGAGGCCAAGUACAUCACUUUCAGCAUGUUGCUCUUCUGCAGUGUUUGGAUCACAAUGAUCCCGGCCUAUCUGAGCACCAAAGGCAAAUACAUGGUGGCAGUGGAAAUAUUUGCCAUAAUCUCUUCAAGCUGUGGUUUUAUUUCAAUGCAAAGUAGGAUAGUCUCACCUACGCUUGGAUACAGAUAAAAAUGUAUGUACCAAUGUUGCUAGGUAACAACUGUAUGUU